AUGGGCUGCUCCCGGCGACGCACAGCUGCAGCGGCUGAUGUGGAGCGCUGCUGCCGGCGCAUCAUCGACGACAAGCCGGACGCCGUCGGUCUCGAUAUCGAGUGGAUCGCCACGUUCCGGCAGGGCGAGCCCCCGCGCCGCACAGCCCUCAUACAGCUCUGCUACCAACCCACGUCGCUGCGGGCCCCGAACGCGGCCCCGAGCGCGGGCGACCCGGCCGUGGUCGCGCUGCUCCACGUCGCGCACUCGGGCGUGCCGCCCGCGCUCCGCACGCUGCUGUGCGGCGGGGAGGGCCUGCCUCUCCGCGUGGGAGUGCGUGUGGUGAACGACAUGUGCAAACUCAAGCUCGACUUCCGUCUCGGGAAGAUCGAGGGGGUCGUGGACAGCGCGCAGGAGGCCAAGCGGCGCUGCGUGCGCGGCCACGAGGGGCUGUCGCUGGACGCGCUGUGCCAGCGGCUGCUGCAGCGGAGGCUCGCGAAGGACCCGCAGGUCAGGGUGUCGGACUGGGAGCAGCUGCCGCUGAGUGCGGUGCAGAAACAGUAUGCGGCGGUGGACGCGUACGCGAGCCUGGUGGUGUUCCGGGCGGUCAUGGCGUCGCCCGCCGCGCGGGCGAAGCUCGUGGACGCUACGUGGAGGAACGGAGCGGUCCAAUCAUAG